AUGGACAACAGGGACAACCUCUGGACUCGGCGCUCCAACACCAGCAAACUCUCGCUCUCCAUGUCGCAUUCCGAACCUAACGACAAAUCCGAACCACACCAGCGCACCGUCUCGGCCACCAAACGCUUUGGUGGCGACUCGUCGCACGGCGGCCGCAAUCCCUUCAACGCCAUCCCCCCAUUGACACCGGGCGGCCUCGCGUCGCCAACCACUGGCGGCUCGUCUGCCUUUGGCCUGGGCUCGGGCGCUUUUGCCUCGUUUGGCUCCGCCGCGAAGACGCCCAAGACGCCCGGCACCGCCUUCGACUUCAAAGCUGCAGCCAUGUCGUCUCCGGCACCCACAACACCCUCUGAGAAGAAGGACAAGCCCGUGAGCAAGGUGGUCAACAGCAUACGAAAAGAGACGACAUCCACAACCUCAAUACCAGAAAACGCGGCGAGCCCGUCGGCACCGCCAGAUUUCAACGCGCCGUGGCCGCUCAAGUACACUUGGGCCGUCUGGUACCGCCCGCCCACAGCCAAGAACGUCGACUAUGAAAAGUCGAUUGUCCCGCUGUGCAGGUUCAGUACUGCUCAGGAGUUUUGGCGAGUCUUCUCCCACCUCAAGCGGCCCUCGAGUCUGCCCUCCGUGUCCGACUACCAUGUCUUCAAACAAGGCAUACGGCCGGUAUGGGAGGACGACGAGAACAAGCGAGGUGGAAAAUGGAUCAUGCGCCUGAAAAAGGGCGUCGCGGACCGUUACUGGGAAGACCUCUUGCUCGCUCUCGUGGGCGAUCAGUUCUUGGACGCUGGCGACGAAUUCUGCGGCUUUGUCUUGAGUGUCCGAAGCGGCGAGGACGUCUUUAGCAUCUGGACUAAGAGUGACGGAGUAAAGAACGUCAAGAUCCGGGAUACCAUUAGGCGCGUCCUCAAACUGCCCGAGGGCACCAACAUAGUGUGGCGGAGCCAUGACGACAGCAUUGCGCAGCGCUCGGCUAUUGACCAGGCCCGCCACGAAAAGAAUCUUAUGGAGAAGCGGAGGGUGACUUCGACAGAAGAGAAACCACCAGCUGGAUCCUAAAUCACUCCUUGAGCUCCCGAGCUAACGACUUGUUUCCAAGCUCGGCACUUGGGCCACACGCUCCCAUGCUGUUUUCGCAGAUACACCUACAGUCUUGGACCCACAAAUGCUUCUAGGCACCAUAAUCGAGGGCCAGCGACAGGAAUGCCAUGUCCUGGCUGGAUGUGGAAUUUUAGUGCAGGCUCCGCUUGCGUGUAAAAAAUACCUGGGCGAUCAUAUCAGCCAUUCGCUGAUGCGUCCAUUGC